UUGGCAUAGUCCAGCAUGGAACGUUGGCGCAACAAAGUGGCCAUCGUGAGCGGCGCCAGCUCCGGCAUUGGGGCCGCCUGUGUCCGUACUCUGGUCGGAGCCGGUCUCACGGUUGUCGGUCUGGCCCGGCGCCAAGAGCGCGUCGAACAGAUGCGCGGGGAGCUGAAAACGUUGGAGCAACGCUCCCGAUUGCAUGCAAUCAAAUGCGAUGUAACGCAAGAGUCGCAGGUUUUGGAUGCCUUUCAAUGGGCCAAACAACAUCUGGGCGGUGUCCAUGUGCUGGUGAACAAUGCGGGCAUUCUGGCAACCACCGAAUUGAGCGGUGCGGCAAAUACACAGCCCAUACGUGAUACCAUCGAGACGAACAUUAUGGGCAGUGUGUAUUGCAUACGCGAGGCAUUUCAGGCAAUGAGACAGCAGGAGCUGGAAGCGAAAGAACAGCAGCAGGAACAGGAACAUCUACAGGAACAGGUACAGGAACAGGGUCACGUGAUCAUUGUUAACAGUGUCGCCGGUCAUCAGGUGCCCAAUUUGGGGCCACAGCUGCCAUCCCUCAAUAUCUAUCCGGCAACAAAAUUUGCACUUCGCGCUAUGAACGAGAUCUAUCGACAGGAAUUUCAACGUCACAAGACCAGAGUUCGUGUAUCGACCAUCAGUCCGGGCAUUGUCGACACGGACAUUUUGCCGGAGCAGCUGCAAGAUGUCAUCAAACAGCACAUGCCGAUGCUGAGCUCACAGGAUGUCGCUGACGCCGUUCUAUGGACCAUUGCCACGCCCCCCAACGUGCAAGUGCAUAACAUCACCAUCAAACCGCAGGGUGAAAAGUUUUAAGUCACAUCUUUCGAUGGAUUCAACUCAAUAUUUAAACAUUUGCAUAUUAAAGACAAAUGCGAACGCAAUUAAUAAA